GACGAUUUUUGUUUGUCAUUCUCAUCACAAAUAUUAUUUCUACAUUUAAUCCUGACAUCGGAAUUUUUGAAGAGAGUAAAAAAUGGCAUUAGCACAGAUUUGUAAAAUUUCUAAUGCUUCAUACAUGAAGCCAGCAGCCUGGAAUUCGGCUGAAGUUGAAGAUGAAAUAAACGCGUUCACAAGCAACAUUGCCAAUCCGUACACAUUGGCAGCGCCUCCAUUCGAAAACCCACUUGAUAACUUGAACAAAAUCCAAGCAAAUGCUGGGAAGACCGGCAUGAAGAUUAACUUUGAUCACGGCACCACAACAUUGGGCUUCAAGUACCAAGGUGGUGUCAUUUUGGCCGUGGACUCGCGUGCAACCGGAGGUCAGUACAUUGGAUCGCAAACAAUGAAAAAGAUUGUGGAAAUCAAUCAGUUCUUGCUUGGCACACUGGCCGGCGGUGCCGCCGAUUGUGUCUACUGGGAUCGCGUUCUGGCCAAGGAAUGCCGUCUGCACGAGCUGCGCAACAAGGAACGCAUCUCUGUAGCAGCCGCCAGCAAGAUCAUGGCCAACAUUGCUCACGAGUACAAGGGAAUGGGCUUGAGCAUGGGCAUGAUGUUAGCUGGCUACGACAAGCGCGGCCCAGGACUAUACUACGUUGACUCGGAAGGCUCACGCACUCCUGGCAAUGUCUUCUCCGUUGGCAGCGGUUCUAUCUUUGCCUUUGGUGUGCUUGACUCCGGCUAUCACUGGGAUUUGAAGGACGACGAAGCCCAGGAGCUGGGACGUCGUGCUAUCUACCAUGCCACCUUCAGAGAUGCCUACUCGGGCGGUAUAGUUCGUGUCUACCACAUGACUCCAAAUGGUUGGAUCAAAAUUUCAGAAACAGAUUGCAUGGAACUCCACUACAAAUACAAAGCAGAGAAGGAAUCUAAGUAAUAUUUUCCACUUUUGUAAAUGCUACAAUAAAAUAAAUAAGUAUGCUAUGGAAAUAAUAUGAUGAACCAUAAA